UCUGGCGGAGUCAGGUAACCAAGCUGACUGACGUCGCCAUAAAAUAAAUCUUGGCGGUCUGGCACGGAUAAAUCUCCAUCUCGCGAUUUUUCCAGAAUACAGUGAACGUGAAUACGAGCGGAAGUAAAUACUCGGAGACGAAGUAGCAUCUAAACGUGGAUGCCACUGUAUUUUAACAGCUCAAAAAACAGCCACAAGUUACGACGAUAAUUGGUUAAACUUCGUAAAACAAUAAAAUUGCCCUCUCUGCAUUUUAACAAGACAUAACCUCGAUUUAACGAGCCUCAGCUCGGGCCGUGGCGGAGGGAGAGUUCAGGUGGAUUGAAGAUGAUAAUUGACAACCUCGAUGCUUUGAAAACAUGGCUGUCUGAAACCCUGGAGCCCAUUUGUGAUGCUGACCCUUCUGCUCUCGCAAAAUAUGUCGUUGCUUUGGUGAAGAAGGACAAAAGUGAAAAGGAACUUAAAGCCCUGUGUAUUGACCAGCUGGACGUUUUUCUGCUAAAAGAGACCCAGCCGUUUGUGGAUAAGCUCUUUGAAGCCAUAAGCAACAAAAGCUACCUACCGCUGCCAGAGCAACCACAGGUCAAAGUUGAGAAGGAAGAGCCUAAGAAAGAUGAGGUACAAACAAAUCGCGAAGAAGAAAAAGACAAAAAGUUUCCUCGCCGAGUGAAUCAUAGCCCUCUGCAGUCAAGCUCCCGCUACAGCAGAGAUGGCAGGCGAGGCGAUGACCGUAAGAGAGACGAUCGUUCCAGGAAAAGAGAUUAUGAUCGCAUGCCACCGAGGAGGGACUCUUACCGCGACCGCUACAACCGCAGGAGAGGUCGCAGCCGCAGUUACACUCACAGCCGAAGCCGCAGCCGAAGCUGGAGCAAAGAGCGCCUCCGGGACCGCGAUAGAGAGAGGGACAGAGACCGGGAGAGGGACAGGGACAGAGAUCGAGACCGCACUAGGAGCCGGUCUCUAAGCAGAACCCGGUCCAGAAGCAGGAGCCGAGAACGGGAUUCAGGGAAGCUCAAGUAUGAGCACGACCGAGCCGACAGGGCCGAGAGCGGUGACGUCUACACCCCAGCAGUGAUCGUUUCCACUACAGCGCCUUCCCUCUUCCCCAAUCCGACAGUGAGUAGCACCAUUACAGUCAUCGCCCCAACUCAUCAUCACAACACCACCAAUGAGAGCUGGUCGGACUUUCGUCCCGAGCCCCCUGUCGACCGCGGACCUUUCAAUCGCGGACCACCACCUCAACAGAGAAAGAGAUGCCGCGACUAUGAUGAAAAGGGCUUCUGCAUGCGAGGGGACAUGUGUCCGUUCGAUCAUGGCAGCGAUCCGGUGGUUGUGGAGGAUGUCAAUCUGCCAAACAUAUUGCCCUUCCAGCCUCCACCAAUGCCAGGCGUGGACCAACCACCGCCGCCAGGUCUUCCACCUCCACCGCCAUUAAUGAACCCCCCACCUGUAAACCUUCGACCCCCUGUGCCCCCACCAGGCACCCUUCCUCCCAGUCUUCCACCUGUUGCAGGUCCGCCUCCACCACUUCCUCCGUUACAACCUGCAGGCAUGGAUGCUCCGCCCAUUUCCAUCACCAGCUCUGUUCCCACCAUUGUCACAUCCGGGAUGCGCUCGUCCCUUCCUCAAGCCUCAGCGCCGCAUUUCACCCCCGAUCACUAUGACACGGACGUGUACAAUCCAGAGGCUCCCAGUAUCACCAACACAUCCAGACCGAUGUACCGACACCGGGUCAACGCCCAAAGACCAAACCUGAUUGGCCUCACAAUGGGGGAGGUGGACCAGCCUUUGAGGGAGAAGAUUCCCAACAACAGCAUGAGAAUCGUUAUGGAGUCUGACUCGAGGAAGAGGCCCGCUGCCUCCCACGAUGGAGGCCUGCCGUGCAAGAAGCCUUGGUUCGACAAACCCAACUUCAACAAACCAAACCACCAGGGCUACCAAAAAAGAGCUCAGUUCUCUCCAAACGCCAAGCUGCUUGUUCGGCAAAUUCCCCCCGACCUCAACAACAUCAGCAAACUCAACGAGCAUUUCAGCAAGUUUGGCACCAUUGUCAACCUGCAGGUGGCCUAUCAAAAUGACCCAGGGGGCGCUCUGAUACAGUUCACCUCUCCUGAAGAGGCCAAACGAGCUUUGCAAAGCACCGAAGCCGUUCUCAACAACCGCUUCAUCAAGGUCCACUGGUUUCGUGAGGAUCCGAGUGACGGAUCGGGUCAGUCUCGUCCGCAGCAGCUUCAUCCACCGCCGCCGUCAGCCAUGCCGCCAGCCACGACCCUCAAGCAGUCUGUGAAGGAUCGCCUCGGACCCCUGAUGCCUGCAAACUCGGAACCCGCUCAGGUUUCCAGCAUAGCCUCUCAGAAUCCCUCUAAAGUGUCAAUAAAGGAUCGUUUAGGCUUCUCUCUCAAACCUGCUGCCUCUGUCGAAAAAGUGUUUUCCACAUCCACGGGGAUCACAAAGACUGUAUACAAUCCUGCUGCUCGGAAGCCUGCCCAGAGGACCCCAGAGGAAGCUCUGAAGAAGAAGCAGGAGGCCCUAAAACUGCAGCAGGAUGUGAGGAAGAAGAAGCAGGAGAUAUUGGAGAAGCACAUUGAGACACAGAAGCUCUUGAUUUCAAAACUCGAAAAGAACAAAGCGAUGAAAGCAGAAGAUAAAGCCAAGAUCAUGGAAACUUUGGGCGCGUUGACGAAAAACAUCACCAAACUGCAAGAAGAGAUAAAGGGCCUCUCCAGCUGCAGCAGCCUUCUACGAACCGCCAAGAGCAAAGCUCAGGCGCAGAAGGAGCUGCUGGACGCGGAGCUGGAUCUGUAUCAGAAAACUCAAGCUGGAGAGGACACGGCUUUGUUAAAGCUCAAAUGCACCCAGCUUCAAAUUGAGGCAGCUAAGAGGGGAAUCCUUUCACCGGGACGAGGCCGAGGCAUCCAUUCCCGGGGUCGCGGCACCGUCAGGACCCGGGGAAGGGGGUCCCGUGGCCGUGGAAGGGGCGCUGCAAUGCAUUCAGUUGUGGACCAUCGUCCUCGGGCGCUGGAGAUUUCUGGUUUUACCGAUGCAGACCGUGUGGACAUACUUCCGCACUUUGCUCAAUUUGGAGAGAUCGAAGAUUGCCAGAUCGAUGAAAACAAGCUCUGCGCAGUCGUCACAUACAAGACGCGGGCGGAGGCCGAGCAGGCCGCGCUUCACGGAGUGAGAUUCAACAACCAGACCUUGCGCCUGGCCUGGCAUAAGCCUGCCACGGGUCUCAGCGCAGCAGACGCUGAAGAAAAAGAACCAGCCGACGAGGAGUACCCGGAGGAGUCGCUGAGUGACGAUGCACUACUGCAAGACGAUGACGAGGAGGAAGACGACAACGAGCCUCGUCCCUGGCGCAGAUGAAGGCUCCUCAGACGCUCCAUCACUGGUGUGGAUGAAGAACGACGAUCCAGCAUCUUUCAGUGCUUGUUCAGAAAUGUGAAAGCCACAUUUUACUUUGGCUAGACCUAUUUCCCCUAACACAUAGCUGACUAGCAGAAGAACUUUGUGCGGUUUAAUUUUAAUAUGUAAACCAGAUAAAACAGUGCUGAUUUUUUUUUUUUUUUUAAUGCUCUUACUGUAGUUUUUUUUUUUUUUUUUGGGGGGGGGGGGACCUGAAACUGCAUUGUUAAAUCUGGUCUCUGAAAGAUGCAUUAGUUGAGCGCCCAUUUUUAAAAAAAACAAAAAAAAAAAAACUUGUGUUGUGAUUUAACUCAGUAACAGAUGGUAGCUUUAUUGCAGGAUAGUAUUAAGUUGCUUCUGUGUAAAUAUUUUAUGUUUUGGUUUGUAAUUUGUAUGAAAGCUUGGCUUCUUAUUUCUUGGCUUUACUUUGGAUUGUACAAAAAAAUAAAGGAAUUGAAAUGGUCUGAAAGCAACCUGCCAGAAACCAAAACAAAGAAAAAGGAGAAAAAAAAAAUAAAAAAAAGAAAGCUGGCAGUGUGGAAAAAAGUACGCUCCAUAAAAAGAGCUGAAAAAAAAAAUACCAAGACCAUUUCAAAAAAACCAAAAAAAUCUUCCUCCUCACCUUAAGAGCAAACUUCCUAAAAAAGCAUUCCUUCAAUGGUAAACCCUUAACUUUUGGACUGGUAAGGUAAUCAAAUUGCACUUUCAUGCAAAGGUAAGAACCUUUAGAUACAUUGUUGGUUAAAUCUACAUCUUCCAUACUGACUAAGGUCUUUCUUUUUUUUCCUUCUUCUUUCAGAAUCACCAGGAUUUCCAGCCAUAGCAGUCUGUUCCAAAACGGCUUCAGCAUUUAUCACAUUUUAUCUUGUGUAUAUACUGUCAUGAUCUAUUUGAUUGUACAAUCAAGUGGUGCUGUAAUGAAAAUGCCAUUUUCUUUGGUAAGGGAU